AUGAACGGCUACACCAAUGGCUCCCACGGCGCCGGCGCAGACGGAUGGAGGAGCGGCGAUGGCGCUGGUGACUCCAGAGGCGCUGUAGGCCCAUUCCCACCCAUCGCCGAAAUCAUAGCCUCUGCAACAGAUACGGCCGAGUCGCUGAGACACCACUCGAUCAAACUCCUUCUGGAUAGGGCCAGAGGACAUUUCAACUCGGCCAAGACGAUGCUCAACAACCGCUCACCCGCUGGCGCUUACUGGGAAUACAUCGUCGCAUACCAAAUCGUCGCCGAACUGAUACCUACCCACCGUGACUAUUACGACAAGAUCAACGGUAGUCGCAGCCAGAUCCACCGCGAUUUCAACGACCUCAUGAAGGAGAUCAAGGCGAGCGAAGAGCGAUUUGUGCGCAUCAAGGACAUUAUUAAGAACGAUAACAAGAGAAACGGCGCCCAUCAUAGGACUUCCUCUGUACCACCCGCUACGACACCAAGCAACCGAAAUGGAAUGAGUGCAUCGCGGAAAGACGACGAGCUGAUGCUUCCUGAGGUUCCUACGGAACUUCCGAAUGGCCGAGCUUCACCUGCGGCUUCUCUGGAUUCUGCAAGAAGAAAGCCGGUCGUGCAACCGAAGCCACAAUCGCUGCAUGGCCGGGCUGUGCACCAGAGUUUGUCGUCGGUGAACGGAGUCAAUGACCUCGCCCAACGAUUUGCAAACUUGAGAGGCUCUGGUCCAACGGUCGACACAUCGUCCGCCCGCUCCAGCCAGGACUUUUCUGUCAAAAUGCCGUCACCUGCAGACUACAAUUCCACAAAUCGAAUCAUGGGUCCCCGGGGCAUGCCUCCACCACCUCUCUCGAUGCCCCCACCGCCACCAAAACUACCUUUAGAUACACAAUUUGCAGCCUCCCUACCAAAGGAGCCCAGUCCUACCUAUAGUCCAGCGCGGAAUAUCUCAGGCCCCUCAAGCAUCAACGCACCUCGGAGUACGCCUAGAAGUUUGAAUGGGACUGGAGGACGUACAAACUCACUUGCUUCAUCCAGCGCAUCGAUUUAUGCGCCCAAUGUCAACGGUGCACCGAACUCGUAUUUUCCGGCUCAGCAAAAUCUUCGCGAUGCGAAUGGUAGAACAAGAUCUGUCAGUAAGACGGUGGAACUUGAGAUCGACGCCAGCAUGCUUUACGACUAUUACCGUAUGUACAAUGUACUCACCAUCGACGUGCGGGACAGGACAGACUACGACGCCGGACAUGUUUUUGUGCGCAACAUCAUGUGCAUAGAGCCACUAACACUGCGUGAUGGCGACUCAGCCGAACAGCUUCAAGAUCGUCUGAUCAUAUCACCAGACGAUGAACAGGACAUGUUCGAUAGGCGAGCCGACUUCGACGUAGUCGUGUAUUAUGACGAGUCAACUAAGAACAUUGACUUCAUGCAUAGGCACAAUCGAUCAGAUAGCGAAGUUGCUUUGAAGCGGUUAUUUGACACCUUGCACGAGUUCAACGCCGACAAACCACUCAAGCGUCCCCCAGUCCUCCUCAAAGGUGGACUUGAUGCUUGGGUAGAUCUGGUGGGCCCACAGGCUUUGAAGAUGUCCUCUACUGCUGCAGCAAUGGCGGCUGGUCCAACCAGAACUCGGGCUAUCCGACGAUCACCCGCCGCUAGCCACAUUGCGAGAAACAAUACGCAGAGAAGAUCAAGACGCGAAUAUGUUCCCAUGGAUCAGGAAGAACAACAACAAUGGCUGGAGGAAGCUCGAAAAGGACGUGCUGCUGUUCAAGUACCUCCAGCAGAAGGCGAGAAAGAAGAGGAGCCUACGUCGCCAUUCUAUCGCUCAACAGAAGAGUUUCUGCGUCGAUAUCCCGAUGUCGAAGCCGAACAGUCGUCUAUGAUGUACCCUUCCAAAUUCCAAUCGACCAAUCAAUACGUCGCACCUGCCAUACCUGUUGCACCUUCGCGGCCACCGCCGUCUGUGCCUCGGGUCAGCUAUAGUGGCGUGCACGAGCGACAGCAACAAACUCGAGAUGUUGUUUACAAUGGGCAGCCUCAAUUUAGUAACUUGAGAUUGCACCGGACUGGAUUACUGAACUUUGGCGUCACAUGCUACAUGAACUCUGUAGUGCAGUGCCUUAGUGGGCAUCUAUUGCUUUCAGACCUGUUUCUCACCGGACGAUAUCAGCGUGAUCUGCAGCGAGACAAUUGGAAAGGAACCAAGGGUAUCCUACCAGAGGCGUACGCAACCCUGCUGUCAAAUCUGUACAAAGGCGAUGUCGGAUCCGUCCGCCCCAGCACGUUCAGACGUAUAUGUGGUCAUUUCAAUUCACAAUGGGGAAUCGACGAGCAGCAAGACGCCAAAGAGUUUCUCGAAUUUGUUCUAGAUUACAUGCACGAGGACUUGAAUUUAACGUGGAACAAACCACCACUCAAACCGCUCUCGGAUGCGGAAGAGUUGACGCGAGAGAGAUUCCCCCGUCAGUACUCAGCCAUGAUUGAGUGGCGAAGGUAUCAACAUAGAGACAUGUCUGUCAUUGGCGGUCUAUUCGCCGGUCAACACGCUUCACAACUAACAUGCCAGACAUGCGGCGUGACGAGCACAACAUACGAAGCCUUCUGGAGCAUCAGCGUAGAAAUUCCCCGCGACGGUGAAUGCGAUUUACGCCAAUGCUUAAACUCAUAUUGUGCGCCGGAGCGACUAGCAGGAGAUGAGCUAUGGCGUUGCCCUCGCUGCAAGAAGGAUCGCGAGGCUGUGAAGAAGAUCACUAUCACCCGCGCGCCUGACACGCUCGUCAUUCACUUUAAACGCUUCAGUGCUUCUCGCACUGAAAGUGCCCGGAAGGUCCGGACGCCUGUUAAUUUCCCCCUCCAACGUUUAGAUAUGGGACCCUAUGUCGAACCACCCAUGAGCCUCGAACAAGAGCGCUACGUGUCGGAGAAAGCCCGAGAUGGGCCUGCGCAGCUUGCGGGUGUCAAGAGUGACCCCACUAUGAACGGACCUUAUGUGUAUAAUGCCUACGCUGUGAUCUGGCAUAUUGGCGCUACGCUUGGAAGCGGGCAUUACAUCGCGUUCGUCAAGGAUAAAUCGAGAGGGUGCUGGAGGUCGUUCAACGACGACAAAAUCACAGAUUUCGAUCCGGGGAAUCUCCCGCCACACAAUCGUUUGCAGAACGAGAAGGCUUAUAUUGUUUUCUACGAACGCGAAAGGGUCGCCGGCGGCGCGUUCUAG